AUGAAGCUCCAAACUUUGUUCGGCGUCGUCGCCCUUGCCCUUACUGCGCAGGCUAGCAGCAACAGCACCACUGCUUCCAACACGGAACGAAGAAAUCUCGGCUUCGUCCAGCACCCUCGGAGCUGGCUGAAUGAAACAUCCAAAGGGAUCCCGACUCUCAACAAGCGGAAUUCCACGGUUCCCCGCAGUAUUCACGUUAACAAUGGGGCUCUGCCCAUCCGUGACACAGCCGGCAUACCUUCACUCGUUUCCAAAUCGGUAAAAGAAAAUGGUGACCGGAAGGACUCGAAUCCGGCCGAGCACUUGCAAGCAGCCGCGACGGCGAUUUUGACGAGUGGCGAUGUUAUCAUCGAAUAUAUCCCCCCAGACCACCCAUCGCCUGAGCCACCACGGCCUGCAAGCUAUCGCUGGCAAGUCUCAAGCGAGGUGCUCGCGCAGAACAGUCCCUACUUCCGAGCUUUGCUUGACCCGAACAAGUUCGCGGAAGGCAGGCAGCUUAUGAACCAGAAAACCACGCGGGUUCGACGACAAUCCCUCAAAUCGGAGAAGAAUGAACCAAAUCAGCCGCCGGCACUUGAGGAAACACUAUGGGAAGAACUGCCCACAGUCCGCUUGCCGAGUGACCAUUUCUCACCAAAACUGGGAGUAGAUGCCAUUGAGGUGUUUCUCAAGAUACUGUCUUUCAACGCAUUCGACGAAGAUGUAAAAGGAAGUUUCGAUGCGGAGAUCAAAUCGCAGCGAACUUCUCUAAUAGCCAGGGUAAUCGGACUGGCUGAUGCCUUUAAUUCCCCUAAAGUCGUCCAGGAGACCUUGAAGAGAUCCGGUUAUGGCUAUGGAAGGAAGAUUUCCUUUUCGAAAUUUGACGACCAGAUGUUGAAGUUGACCGAGGAUCGUAUUCGACAGUCAAUCUUUAUAGCUCGAUUUCUGGACGAUCGUGCUAUUUUCCAGAUUUUAACACAUACCUUGAUCGUUCUCGGGUCACGAUCCUGGGCAAAUGGCUUGGAAAAGCCGACGUCCCCGCUGACCUUCCCCUGGUGGUAUUUACCAGACGGUUUAGAAGAAGAAGUAUACUAUAGACGACAGUGCAUCAUGAACACCAUCACCGACCUCCAAGCCUACUUCCUCCGAGCAUACGGCGCACUAGAAGAGACAGAUGACGACCCCAAACCGACGAACGCCAUCUCCUUCCUCGGCGGAAACCAAUCACGCCAGUACCAGUGCCGGUGCGGCUACGGAAACUCCAGCGCCUGCGACAUGUUCCACCUGGGCCAGAUGACUCGAUUUUUCGCAUUACGCACCAAAACCAUCUUCUUGGGGUCCAGCCUGCUCGAUCCAGACUUUGGGCCGGAAGUCGACGGCGACGACCACGAUCCCCUGGAUCACCCUCCUCCUCCCCCGAAAUCCACUCCCACCAGCGGCCCACCCACCGACAUCUCCGCCAUCAUCGCCUCCCUGAAACAGUGCCCCGAUUACCAAAUCGACUCCAACCACUCCGGCUGUGGCAUCCGUCGCCGCUUCAUCCCGCCCCUGGACGGCAUCGAGGGCCUCGUCGGUGACCGGCGCGGGCUCGUGGGCAUAGACCUCGCCCGCUGGGAUGUAACCCAGUGGCCACUUGCGUCAGGGUCGUGGGCCAACCGCGCCCUGAGACGCGCCCUCGUCAUCGAAAUCCAUUUCGCUCGCAUCAGCGCCAUCCCGCGCAUGUCCCCUGGUAUCAUCCUGAGUGACUCGAGGGAGGAGAACGCGCGGCUUCUUUUUACCGCGAAGAAGAGGAGGUGGGAGGCUUGA